AUGUACAGGAAGUCCCUCCAACCACGGCGUGGGCUGUUGCGAAGAGUCGGAUUUGUAAACCCCAGAGGUUCUACUCCGCCGCCUGCGGCCGCUAUGGACACUCCCUGGGGAACUGAUCCAUUGGUCGCUGUGUCUAACGAAGAGGCAAAACCUUCAAGUGAGGUUCUCGAGGAUAAGAAGGAAGAAGUUAUUAAAAUCAAAGUGAUUGCACAAGAUGGCAAUGAGAUACACUUCAAAGUGAAAAUGACAACGCAACUCAAGAAACUCAAAGAAACAUACUGUCAAAGACAGGGCGUCCCAUCCAAUUCCCUGAAGUUUCUCUUUGAAGGCCAGAGAAUUGCUGAUACCCACACUCCAGAAGAGCUGGAGAUGGAGGAGGAAGAUAUGAUUGAAGUUUAUCAGGAACAAACGGGAGGCCAUUCAACGGUUUAG